AGCAUAUGGUAUUUGAGGUUAUGUUUGUAGGUCGAAAGGGGAGCAAAACCGUGACUAGAGUUAAAUAAUAAUGCAAAAACUCACGGGAUUGUUCGUGAAUUUACAUGGAUUGUCUUGUAAUCUCUCCACGUUGCCCCGAAGAUUAAGUGUAGUGUGCAAAACCAGCGAUUUUGUCCAGAAAAACAGAGAAUGUCAUAGCGAACGAGUUCCAGGUAGUCCCCAGAAGGUUGAAGACAUCAUUGAGAAGCGUCGUAAUGAGGCCAAACGGAGCAUUGUUGUGCAGGUGUAUUCAGAGAACUCCUUCCCGGAACUCCACUCCUAUUGCUCCCAGUUCGGCCAGAUCCAGGGUGGCCAUCACUAUGGCAUAACCGCUUAUGGGGAGAAUCACAACUACAUCGUGGUGGAGUUCGCUGAGGUGGAAGAAGCCCAGGCUGCAAUUCGUGCCAGUGGUUUUAUCCGGGAAGCUCAAGUGAUUCCCGUCCAAUCAUCCUUCCUCUACUUUGGCAAAGGAGCACCCAGAAAACCCACCCAAGGAGCCAAACUGACUACGGUGAAUGGUGCUAAUGUAGCAUCCAAUGAGGAACUUAACGGAUGGCUUCAGGUCGCCACCAGUAUUGAUGAUCAGCUGAAAAUUCUCUACAAUGCCACAAAAUUGAACGAUUUGGGCACGCGAAUGCGCUUCCUGGCGGCUCAGCAGAUUGAGAACGCCCUCUCGGGAAUGUUCCCAUUUGCCAGAGCAUUGCCCUUCGGCUCUUCUGUCAAUGGAUUUGGCAAACUAGGCUCCGAUCUUGAUCUCAUCCUUGAGCUAGACGAUACCAAGCGUUCCAGUACUGCCUCUCGCCUCAUCUUUCACUCCAAGGAACUCACGGAUGCGCGUCAUCAAGUGCAAAAGUGCAUGGAAAGGAUUGGCGAUGUUGUGGAACUCUUCCUACCGGGAAUUUCAAAUGUUCGCCGAAUAUUGCGAGCAAGAAUUCCUAUUGUAAAAUACAAGCACGAGUUCUUGGACCUGGAAGUGGAUCUCUCCAUGUCCAACACGAGUGGCCUGUACAUGUCGGAGCUGCUCUACCUCUACGGAGAGCUGGAUGAGAGAGUAAGACCGUUGGUGUUUGCCAUUAAACGAUGGGCUCACACUGUGUCUCUGACCAAUUGGACUGCCGGACGAUGGAUCACAAAUUUCUCCCUUACGGCGCUCGUGGUGUUCUUCUUACAGCAGUUGAAGAAGCCCAUAUUGCCCUCGAUAAACCACUUAAUAGUCAAAGCCUCUCCUGAAGACACCAGGGUGACUAUUGAUGGAAUCAAUUGCACAUUCGCGAGAGAUCUGCAGAGGAUCAACUUCAAGAGAACCAAUGAGGACAGUCUAGGCGGCCUGUUACUGCAAUUCUUCGAAUUUUACUCCGACUUUGACUUUGCGAAUCGAGCUAUAAAUCUUAAUGAGGCCAGGCAGACGCUCAAACCGGACUUCUCGCCUAUGUACAUAGUCAAUCCCUUCGAGAUUAAUCUGAAUGUGAGCAAAAACGUGAGUCUGGAAGAGGUGGAGCGCUUCAGGAUGGAAAGCCGGGAGGCAGCAUGGAUUCUAGAAUCGCUGGUAGAGCAGAACAGUGUCACAGCUUGGGGCCUGUUGUCCCUCCUCCUCAAGGGACCAGCAACAGUUGCUCGACGGCCAAUGCUGGAUGUUCGCAAGCUGUUCGACAACAUGGAACCACCAGCAGUAUCGCAUGAAGAAGAAGAGGAAGAGGAAGAGGAGGAGGAAGAAGAAGUUUCUGGCCGAAACUCCAAGAGGAGAUUGACGAAGGCUAAGCGGAAGACUGACGUCCUCGAGACAAGGUAGCUGGAGCGUAAAAUUACUAGUUUUGAGCAGGAAUAAAACGUUUUUAUUC